AAGUUCACGUAAGUAAUUUUAUCGGGCGAAAAUAAACGCAAAUUUUAUGGGCCAAAAAGUAGAACCGUAACAAAGGAGUUUCCCGAGAAGUAAGAUAAUGGCGCAUUCUCAAUAUCUUCUUCACACCCCAUCGUUAUCAUCUCUAACUUGCGCAACUCAUUCGGUUCCUGUUCGGACAUUACCACCUAAGACGUUGUCGUGUCGUCUCUCUUCGUAUCCAGCAUCAUCAUCAUCAUCAUCACACAACAGCACUUCCAACUCCACCCCGUGGCACUCGAAACCUCUUCAUUUCGCUCUCAAUGGAGCCCUCUCGCUUGGCUUAUUAUUCGGAGGAAUUGGAGUGGCCGAGGCUGCAAAGGUUGGUGUGAACAAGCCCGAAUUGCUCCCCAAGGACUUUACCACUGUCAUUGAUGUUGCCGGCUUCCUCUCUGAUGGACAGGAGAAAAGACUAACCGAAGAGAUUGCUGCUCUUGAAGCAGAUACUGGAUUCAAGUUAAGAGUUUUGGCUCAGAACUAUCCUGAUACGCCAGGUUUGGCUGUUAAAGAUUUCUGGCAAGUAGAUGACAGAACAGUUGUCUUUGUUGCUGAUCCCACAUUUGGCAAUAUAUUGAAUUUCAAUGUUGGUGCUUCGGUUGAUUUGGACGUUCCACGUAGCUUUUGGAAUCGCUUGGCAGGGAAGUAUGGGAACAUUUUCUAUUGGAAAGAAAAGGGGGAAGAUGCAUCUAUUGAAGCAGCAGUUAUGGCAAUUUCUAGUUGCUUGAGAGAACCAGUUGGUCCUAAUAACUGUUCUGAGGUGAAUUAGUUUCGUCGAUUAAUGUUGUUUUGUCAUGUGAUUGGUGUAUAGAAAUUAACUAAAAUAUUGAGGGUCAUACAUAUUUCAUGUUUCAAGUAUAUUAUGCUUUUAAGUAUCUUGUGUACUUCGCUCAUUGUUAAUAGAUAUGGAAUCGUGUAAUGUAUUUUCAUUGUAUAAAAUAGGAGAGGUAAGAGAUUUUACAUGAACAUGAUUUGCUAAUAAUUCAGUCUCUGGUGUCUCAGUUCA